AUGAUCAAGAAUUAUGAAUUCUACUUAUAACACAUAUAAUAACUAGUAAAGAGGAAGUUCAUAAUAAAGGAGAAGGUUAACAAAAUCCUAUCUUCAGUAUCUAAAAUACAGAGGAAAUUGAUUUGGUUUUUCUAUUCAAUUGGUAGUAAUGCAAAAGCUAAAAAUGCCAAAUGGGCUAAAACUCCACUCAAAAAGAUUUAAAAGGAAAAAGGUUUAAGAGAGCCAUGUCUUGAACCAAACCUCUUUCUUUUUGGAAUUUUUUAAUUUGCUUAGUAAACCAAAUAAUAAAUCAAGAUUCCCAUCAAAGUAAUUAAUGCAUUUCCGAUCUAAAAUGAGUAAUAUUAAAGGGCAUACAGUGAAUAAUUAAUUUUUCUAGAAUGGCAAUUCUAAGAAUAAAGGGAAGGUUUGUGCCCUUGGAUAUUGGAAUUAGCUUAAAAUUGCAGCAAUGAGAACAAUGAAUGA